UCUGGGCUCCUGCCCUGGCCGGUGCGGACAUGGUGCCCCUGCUGCUGCUGCCCCUGCUGUUGGGGGGGGAGGAUCCAGAGUACCAGCUCCGAGUGGAGGAAUCCGUGACCGUGCAGGAGGGUCUGUGUGUCCACGUACCCUGUUCCUUCUCCUACCCCUGGAAGCCGUGGUAUUCCCGCACGAUGCUCUACAUAUACUGGUUCCGGGAUAGGGACGCCUCAAGCAACCGUUCUCCGGUGGCUACGAACAACCCACAGAGAGCAGUGAGGACAGAGGCCCGGGGCCGAUUCCGCCUCGUCGGGGACCCCUGGGCCUACAACUGCUCCCUGAGAAUCGGAGACGCCAUGAAGAGUGACGAGGGAGUCUACUUUUUCCGAGUGGAGAGAGGAGAAGACGUGAGAUAUACUUACACACAUACGACGAUGACUCUGCGGGUGGCAGCCCUGACACAGGAACCCGACAUCCACUUCCCGGAGCCCCUCAAGUCUGGCUGGCCCGCAGAGCUGACCUGCCGCCUGCCGGGGUCCUGCGAAGGGGGAAGACCUCUCACAUUCUCCUGGGUGGGGGCUGCUCUGGACUCGCUGGACCCCGAGACCCUGCAUUCCUCGGUGGUGACCUUCACCCCGAGGCCGCAGGACCAUGGCACCAACCUCACCUGUCAGGUGAAACUGCCAGAAGUUCAGGCCACCGUGGAAAGAACCAUCUGGCUCAAUGUCUCCUAUGCCCCCCACAACCUCACCAUCAGCAUCUUCAGCAAUGUCACAGCCCUCAGCAUUCUGGAAAACACCUCAUCCCUUCUCAUCUGGGAGGGCCAAGCUUUGCGGCUGCUCUGUGCUGCUGCCAGCAACCCCCCCGCCGAGCUGAGCUGGUUCUGGGGGUCCCCUGCCCUGAAUGCCACCCCCAUGUACAAGACCCACAUCCUGGAGCUGCCUCAAGUCGGGGCUGCGGAGGAAGGGACGCUCACCUGCCGAGCUCAGAACUCGCUGGGCUCCCAGCACGUCUCCCUGCGUCUCUCUGUGGUCUGCCCCCCGCGGCUGCUCGGCCCCUCCUGCUCCUGGGAGGGCGAGGGGCUGGGCUGCACCUGCUCCGCCCGAGCCCGGCCGGCCCCCACCCUGCGCUGGCGGCUGGGGGAGGGGCUGCUGGAGGGGAACCACAGCGACGCCUCCUUGACCGUCACCUCCAGCUCCGAGGGGCCCUGGGCCAACAGCUCCCUGAGCCUCAGGGGGCCGCUGCGCUCCGACCUCAGACUCGGCUGCGAGGCCCGGAAUGAGCACGGGGCCCAGAGCACCGCCGCCGUCCUGGUGUUGCUGCCAGGGAAGUCGCUCUCCCUGGCAGAAACCGCGACUGCAGCUGUGGGAGGCGCCGGAGCCAUGGCUCUGCUGUGCCUGUGCCUGUGUCUCCUCGUCUUCUGGGUGGUGAAAGCCCGCAGGAAGCAAGCGUCUGGGAGUCAAGAGGGCAUGGCUAAUGAAGACCCUGUCAUGGGUACAGUCGACUGGGGUUCCAGGAAGAAGCCCUGGCCAGACAGCCCCCCAGAUCAAACGACCCCUGCCGGGGAUGCCCCUCCCUCGGGGGAGCAGCAGGAGCUCCAUUACGCCUCCUUCAGCUUUCACGGGAUAAAGAUGAGGGAACCUCAGGACCAGGAGGCCACCAGCACCAGUGAGUACUCGGAGAUCAGGACGAGCAAGUGAGGGCCGCCUGGAGCCAGGAAGCCCAGCCCCUGCGGGGAGAGGAGAAGUCAGGCGCCAACUGAUGAAGUGCGUGGAGCCCUGUGGCGAUAUAAAGGAGCAGGACUGUCCGGGUGUCCCCGGGUGGAGCAGAUUUGGGCUCAAACGUAGCCUGUCAAGCAAGUCGCUUCAUCUCUGCGUGCUUCAUUUUCCCGUUCCGUAAAUCAGAGAUCAUGCCUUCUGCCUUAAAGGUGGUUGUGAACAGUAAAGAAAUUAACACAGAGAAAUCAGCCAACAGAGGUCCUAUCGCACCAUGGGGCUCAGUGCCUACUGAUCUGUCUUCUUUGGACAGAAAGGUCCUGCUGGAAAGUUACCCUGGGGCUGAGGGUGACCGCCCCGGCACACAGUAGCAACCGGCUGGUGUCAUUCUCCUUCAAAGCCUCCCCAGGGAAAGACCAGCCCCUCAGCCUGGAUUUUGGUUUCACGAUACAGCAUCUUAUCAUCUCUGUGGGGUCUUCUCUGCGUCCCACUUGUAUCUGUCCAUUCUUCCAGCACAUUCCAUCACCUCCUGACCUCCAGUCCCUUCCCUGUCUCAUUUAUGGGCCCCCACAGGGAUCUGUCCAACAGCCAGAGAGCUGACCCUGAGUCUCCUCCACAAACCCAUUCAAGGCUCCCUAGGCUUAGACAAUACAUCACAAACAUCUGCCCCCACCCCUGGCAUUUGAAGUCCACCAACCCCCCCCCAACCCCUGCUAUCUCCUGUUGGAAAAGAAACAAUGGGCCCUGAGUGGAGGCACUUGCCCCACAACAGCAAACCCAAGACUCACUGUGGUUUCAACCUCUCCCAAAAAUGUGACCUUUAAACAGUCGGUCCGAAAUUUCCUGAUCAGCACUGGUGAGGUCACCUGCAGGGUAAGAUCUUCCCCCAAAAAGGUGGCCCGAUCUGGGGGGAAAAAAUCCUUCCUUUCUUUUGAGAAUACUUCCUCAUGCCACCCUCCUGCCUUUAAACACCUUCUGCUACUUACAACUCCUCAGGGCACCCAUCUCCUUACUGGAAGGGACACUGCCAAACUCAUGAGGCUUUGAAUAGAGCCAAUUACAUGCCCAGAUUUC